UAAUAUUAUAAUGAAUUAAUUGCUGAUAGUGAUCCUUUUAAAUAUCGUCUCGGCAUAUAUAUACUACGACACAGGGUUAAUGACUGACUUCGAUUAUACUAUAUAACCAAGUUUUAUUUGCAAAAAUGGCUACUCUAAUACAGCAACCACAACUUUCUCAUAGCAAUUUUAGAAUAUUCCUUAAGUAUUUUUUACUCAUGAAUACCUCGAUUAAGAGAUGGCUGAAUUGGGGUUUAAAUUAGCAAUAACAGCUAUAUCUUAAACACGUAUUUACUCAAUAAAUAUUUUAAUAGAGUUUACAACAGAAAUUAGUUGUAAUAAGCAAAGAGUAUUUGCAAUCAAAUUAAGAUGGUUUGCCAUAGAUGACUAGCGUAUUGAAGUUAUAAGUAACUUCAAUAUGGAAAAUCCAGAUGAUAAAACAUUUCCAAUUAAAAAUCCUAAUGCCUAAACUGGAUUUUUAGCUAUCACAAGUAUGCGCUAUACAGGACAGAUAGAUUUUCUAUUAUCGGUAAUAGUUAAAAAUACUUACAUAGAUAAGCUAAAUAAAAGCUAAUUCAGUGACUGUGAGUAUAACGAAAGUUGCAGGAAAGUUUGCAAAUCUCAAAUAGAUCGGAUAUUUUAUAGUUGUUGGAAUUGAAGAAGCAUUCAUAAAUUUAGGGUUAAAGACUGCUACUGGUGCAUUUAGCAGUGGAACUAUACCAAUUGAGUCUAAUAGAUGGUUUGCUAUAGCAUUAUAAGGUUUGAACUAUUCAAAUUCUAAAAAUCUUAGAAUAAAAGCUACAUAUAGCAACACAGCAACAACAAUUUCAUAUACUUGGGGCACCUGUAAUUAUUUAUAAUUAAUAUAAUAUAAAAGGGUAUGAAAUAGAGACUCCUAAUAGUCAUUCUUAGAUUUGGAUAGCAUAUUAAUUUACAAAAAUAUUUUACCCUUUAGAAUGUUUUACUAUAAGAACCAGUAGAAAAGAAGUGAAGGAUUUAUCAAUACUUCCUACAUUCUAUUUAGAAUUUGUUUAAUCUAAUUAAAUUUACACUACUAAUGGAAACUAUGUAUAUUAUAUUGAUAAAUCAAAUGUACCAUUUAAGAUGGGUAUCUCAAUUAAAUGUGAAAAUGGAAAGAAAAUCUAAGCCAAUUUUAAUAAAUGCAAUGCUUGUAGUACUAAAAAGACUCACUCUUUCUCCUAUAAUUGCUUUAAUUAAAUGAAUUAUGUUGGUUUUUUCCCUGUCUUUUAAUAAGCAUUUCCAUAAUAUCAUCAUUUAAAAAUAAAUAUGAAUCCAUCAUCACUAGAAAUCAUAAAUGUCGUUUACAAUUAAGCUCUUACGGAAUCCACAAUAGUGUAAAUUUAAAUAUUAAAUUAAUGA